AUGCCAUGCCACACCCUCUCAUGCCAUGCCACACCCUCUCAUGCCAUGCCACACCCUCUCAUGCCAUGCCACACCCUCUCAUGCCAUGCCACACCCUCUCAUGCCAUGCCACACCCUCUCAUGCCAUGCCACACCCUCUCAUGCCAUGCCACACCCUCUCAUGCCAUGCCACACCCUCUCAUGCCAUGCCACACCCUCUCAUGCCAUGCCACACCCUCUCAUGCCAUGCCACACCCUCUCAUGCCAUGCCACACCCUCUCAUGCCAUGCCACACCCUCUCAUGCCAUGCCACACCCUCUCAUGCCAUGCCACACCCCCACAUGCCAUGCCACACCCUCUCAUGCCAUGCCACACCCUCUCAUGCCAUGCCACACCCUCUCAUGCCAUGCCACACCCCCACAUGCCAUGCCACACCCCCACAUGCCAUGCCACACCCUCUCAUGCCAUGCCACACCCUCUCAUGCCAUGCCACACCCUCUCAUGCCAUGCCACACCCUCUCAUGCCAUGCCACACCCUCUCAUGCCAUGCCACACCCCCACAUGCCAUACCACACCCUCUCAUGCCAUGCCACACCCUCUCAUGCCAUGCCACACCCUCUCAUGCCAUGCCACACCCUCUCAUGCCAUGCCACACCCUCUCAUGCCAUGCCACACCCUCUCAUGCCAUGCCACACCCUCUCAUGCCACGCCACACCCUCUCAUGCUAUGCCACACCCUCUCAUGCCAUGCCACGCCACACCCUCUCAUGCCAUGCCAAAUGCCCACAUGGUGGCCGAUUGA